ACUAACUUGGCUAGACCUGGGUAAUAAUGAAUUCAAGGGCAGGAUUCCCUACAGUAUUGGCAAUCUUCAAAACCUACAAGUACUGAAUCUUAGUUCCAACUUGCUAGAAGGAGAUGUUCCCAAUACAAUAGGAAACCUCUCAUCCUUGAUCCAUUUUUACUUGAAUGACAACAUAUUGCAAGGAAACGUUCCUGUGACCCUCGAAAAUUGCCAACGAUUGUUAUUGCUAGAUCUUUCCUCCAAUAACUUGACAGGAGCCAUUCCUAGAGAACUCUUUGGCAUUUCAGCCUUUUCAAUUUCACUCAACUUAUCAGGGAACCAUUUCUCUGGCCACCUACCCUUAGAAGUUGGCAAUCUGAAAAAUUUGGCAGAGCUGGAUGUAUCUCAAAAUGACAUUUCCGGUGAGUUUCCAGCCACGCUUGGUAGAUGCAAGAGUCUUGUGGCCCUCUACCUACAAGGAAACUCCUUCAAAGGAUCUGUACCUUUAUCGUUACAGUCCUUUAGAGGUCUUUGGAAUUUGGAUCUUUCUCGAAACAACUUGUCUGGUCAAAUCCCAAAGUACCUGGAAAAAUUCUCUUUGAACAAUUUGAAUUUGUCUUUCAACGAUUUUGAGGGUGAAGUUCCAAUCGAAGGAGUUUUCUCAAAUUCAACUGCGAUAUCAGUCAUGGGGAAUCCCAAACUUUGUGGAGGCGUACCUGAAUUACACCUGCCAACAUGCACCAUGAAGCAAUCGAAGAAACAUGAAAUGUCUCUUAAAAUCAUCUCGCUGAUCUCUAUCGCAUCUGUGGCGAUUGUAGUUGUUGUGGUAUCAUUGACAUUAUUUUGUUACUCCAAGAAAAAGAACAAAGAUUUAACUUUUGAUUCGUUAUCAAUUAAUGCAUUCGAUAGAAUAUCAUACGACGCCCUCCAUAAAGCAACUGAGGGCUUCUCUUCAACAUACUUGAUUGGAACGGGGAGUUCUAGCUCUGUAUACAAAGCAAUAUUGGGGGAAACAAUUGUAGCAGUCAAAGUGCUUAACCAUCAACGUCAAGGGGUGUCCAGGAGCUUCAGGGCCGAGUGCGAAGCCUUGGGAAGAAUCCGACACAAAAAUCUAAUCAAGAUUUUGACUUCUUGUUCAAGUGUUGAUUUUCAGGGCAAUGACUUCAAAGCUAUAGUUUACGAGUUCAUGCCCCGGGGGAGUUUGGAGAGGUGGUUGCAUCCAGAUCCAAAAAUGGAAAACCAUCAAGACAAUCAUGUCGUGGGACUUAAUCUUCUACAAAGAAUAAAUGUAGCCAUUGAUGUGGCUUCUGCACUAGAGUAUCUGCAUCGCCACUGCCACACACCAAUUAUUCAUUGUGAUCUAAAGCCAAGCAACAUUCUUCUUGACGCAGACAUGGUUGCCCAUGUUGGAGAUUUUGGGUUGGCCAAGUUAAUAUUAGAAAUGAAUCAAAAUCAAAGCAGUACUACAGUGGGCGUGAGAGGAACCAUUGGCUAUGCAGCUCCAGAAUAUGGGCUUGGAAGUGAGGUCUCAAGGGAUGGAGAUGUCUAUAGCUUUGGGAUCUUGCUAUUGGAGAUGAUGACAGGAAAAAGGCCAACUGAGUCGAUGUUUCAGGCAGGUCUCAAUCUCCACACUUUUGCCAGGAUGGCCAUACCCGACCAUGUGAUGGCCAUUGUGGAUUCGAAACUCGUGUGUAAUGACGAAGAAGAAGUGGCUGCAUCGACCAAUAACGAGGGGAGGAGGGCAACCACCCACCCAAGAAAUAACAGUAACGAAAAUGAUUGCUUGAUUCAUAUGAUCAAGAUUGGAGUGGCAUGUUCCAUGGAGUCACCCCAAGAUAGGUUGAACAUAAGCAAUGUUGUUCGUGAAUUGAACAUAAUUAGGGACAUUUUUCAAGGGCUCCGGAAGGGUAAUAAUGCUUAGGCAUGACUUUCGACACAUUUUCCACCAACCUUAUAAUGAUCAAAGUUAGUUAUUACAUAUUACGAUAAA